AUGUCUUUCGAAUUGUGGAAACUGUCCUCCAAAGAAUAUAUUGAUAUCUUUGAAUCCGGUGAAUUUUCUGAUAUCGAACUUCUAAUUGGAGAAGAGCCCAAUACUAAAGUUUUUAAAGCACAUUCCUUAAUUUUAAAAAUACGUUCUACUUACUUCCGCACCGCUUUAUCAAACAAUUGGCAAAGAACAGAAAACAAUGUUAUUAAAUUUCAAAAAUCGAAUAUUUCUAUUGAUAUAUUUGAAAUAAUUAUAAAGUACAUUUAUAGUGGAGUUAUUGAAUUAUCCAAAUACGAUAUUAAUACAAAUAUUGCGAUUUUAAUUGCAGCUGAUGAAUUAUGUCUUAACGACCUAUGUACUUUUAUUGAAGAAUAUUUUCUUGAGGAUAAAUCAUUAUUAAGAAAAAAUUUUGUUUUAUUUCAGGAAUUUACAACUAAAUUUACUCAAUUUAGUAAAUUACACCAAUUCCAUAAUAAUUCUAUUCAACAAGAUCCCUCAUUAAUCUUUAAAGCAGAUGAUUUCGUAACAAUUAAACAAGAAAUUCUACUUGAUAUUCUUGUGAAAAACAAUCAUCCUGUAAGAACAAUUAUACUUUGGGAUAAAUUAAUGGUAUGGAGUAUUGAACAAUCUAAUGAAUUAUCAUCAGACACAACAAAAUGGACACCUAAUGAAGUUUCAAUUUUUGGAAAAAUAAUUCAACCAUUUAUACCAUAUAUAAAUUUUAAGGAAGUUGCUCCCGUAGAUUUCGUUCAAAAAGUCAAACCAUUCAAGAAUGCCUUUGAUAUGGGUUUCUAUGUUCAGAUUCUUGAAUAUUAUUCUUUUGAUGAUAAUGUUCCUUCAAAAUUAAGAAUUGAUUCUAGUAUUAUUACUUCUGACCAAGCUAUUUCACUUUGUGUAGUUGAUGAAGAGAAUGCGAUCUUUUUCGGUAGUGAAUAUGGUCCAGAAUUUGGAUACGACAAAGCUGAUUUACGAUUGCUUUAUCAAUUUAAAAAAGGUCAAUGCUUCAAGAACAGCUAUGAAAAGCUAAUUAGAAAAGAUGAAGGUGAAUUCGAUAUAAAAGAUUACGAAGUAUUCCAAAAUAUUAAACGUCAAUUAAAACAGACUUCAUGA